AUGGCCGGAUUUCUUUCUCUACGCUUCCUUAGAGACGCUAUCAGGUCGACGCAAUUAAAAAGCGCGCCCAGAGCAUUGGCACGUUCAGGAACGAUGGCACCGGCUUCAAUGUCGAGGAGGAGAUAUAAUUCGAGUAUUCACGCUCCACCGGAUACUUCUCAUUCAAUUGAAGCACGAAAGGCAUUACGAACUCAUGGUCUUGUACCUCCUGUUGUGGAGAGUUACGAGCUUCAAGCACAAAGAUGUAUGAAGCAAUUGAAUGCCAAAGCUUCGAAUAUCGAGAAGUACAAUUACCUCAGUCAUUUGCGCAAUUCCAAUGUACAUCUGUUUUAUCGUCUCGUCCUUGAUAAUUUCACUACUCUUACUCCUUUAAUUUAUACCCCUGUUGUUGGCGAAGCGUGCUUGAAAUGGUCUGAAAUUUAUAGACAACCGGAAGGAAUGUACCUUUCCUACAGCGAUCGAGGCAACUUGAAAGAGAUCUUACAGAAUUGGCCUAAGCCAAAUGUCGAAUUGACAGUUGUGACUGAUGGCUCACGUAUUCUUGGCCUAGGUGAUUUGGGAAUCAAUGGUAUGGGGAUUCCAGUAGGAAAGUUAGCACUGUAUACAGGAUGUGCCGGAAUCCGACCAGAGGUGUCUCUACCACUUACUCUUGAUCUCGGGACGAAUAACGAGGGUUUGCUGAAUGAUCCUUUAUACAUGGGAACCCGGAUGAAGCGUGUUUCUGAGGAAGAGGAAGGCAAAUUCCUGGAUGAAUUGAUGGUUGCUUUGAAUGAGGUCUGGCCAGGAAUUGUUGUUCAAUUCGAGGAUUUCAAGAACCCUUUCCCUGCCCUCGAAAAAUAUCAGCACAAGUAUUCUUGCUUCAAUGACGACAUCCAAGGAACAGGAGCAGUUGUGCUUGCUGGGAUUAUCAGUGCUUUGAAGAGCUCUGGUCUGAAAGCUAAGGAUCAAAGAGCUGUUUUUAUGGGCGCCGGUAGUGCAGGUACCGGAGUUGCAAAGCAGAUCGUCGAAUACUACAUGAAAGAGGGACUGUCAGAGGAUGAAGCACGGAAAGCUUUCUGGUUCGUCGAUACCAAGGGCAUGAUCACGAACGAUCGUGGGGACAAGCUAGCCGAACAUAAGAAGUAUUUCGCAAGAGAUGACAACAACGGCUUACAGCUCAAGUCGCUUCCAGAAAUUGUGGAUUAUGUCAAACCUACUAUCCUCAUGGGGUUGUCGACGAUCCGCGGUAUCUUCGACGAACCACUACUUAACAAAAUGGCAAAAUUGAAUAAGAAUCCCAUCAUCUUUCCGUUAUCGAACCCCUCAAGCAACGCGGAAUGUACUUUCGAAGAAGCCGUCAAGUAUACAGACGGACGCGCUUUGUUCGCCAGUGGAAGUCCUUUCCAGGAUUAUGUCUAUAAAGGGAAAGUUAUGAAGCCAAGUCAGGGAAACAACAUGUACGUUUUCCCAGGUAUUGGUUUAGCAGCCAUCCUUAGUAAGGCAAAACACAUAUCACAAGAGAUGAUUUAUGCCUCUGCAACCGCUCUUUCCUCAACCCUUCUUCCAGAAGAGUUCGCCUCCGGCAUGCUCUACCCAUCACUAGAUCGCAUUCGAGAAGUCUCUGUGAUUGUUGCAAGAGAUGUCAUACGGACCGCCCAACGCGAGAAAUUGGAUCGCGAACCAGUUUUGAGAGAUAUGAACGAUGCUCAACUCGAAGCCUGGAUCAAAGAGAGAAUGUAUGAUCCCAGAAAGGAAGAUGGCUAUCUUGAGUUGAUGCGAGAGAGAAAUGAAGAGUUGAAAAGGGAGGUCGAGAUUGCUAGCUUUGAAGUUCGAGAGAAGCUUAGUGCCAAGUUGUGA